UUCGACAACUACAUGCAACAGGAUGCCCACGAAUUCCUCAACUACCUGCUGAACACUGUGGCUGACAUCCUGCAGGAGGAGAAGAAGCAGGAGAAGCAGAACGGACGCCUCAAGAACAAUGCACUGCUGUCACUACAGAGACCGAGACAGAGAACAAGACCGGAGCCCACAUGGGUUCACGAUAUCUUCCAAGGCACACUGACCAAUGAGACGCGCUGCCUCAACUGUGAAACGGUGAGCAGCAAAGAUGAGGAUUUGGAUCUUUCUGUGGAUGUGGAGCAGAACACAUCAAUAACACACUGUCUCAGGGACUUCAGUAACACAGAGACUUUGUGCAGUGAGUACAAAUACUACUGUGAGACGUGCUGCAGCAAGCAGGAAGCACAGAAACGGAUGCGUGUGAAGAAGCUUCCUAUGAUCCUGGCACUACACCUGAAGAGGUUUAAGUACAUGGAGCAGCUGCACCGCUACACCAAGCUGUCCUACAGAGUGGUUUUCCCCCUAGAACUCCGUCUGUUCAACACGUCUGGGGAUGCAGUCAACCUGGAUCGCAUGUAUGAUCUAGUUGCUGUGGUGGUUCACUGUGGCAGCGGCCCGAAUCGAGGUCAUUACAUCACCAUAGUGAAGAGUCAUGGCUUCUGGCUGCUGUUUGAUGAUGACAUUGUGGAGAAAAUUGACGCCCAGGCCAUCGAGGAGUUUUAUGGGCUUACCUCAGACAUCUCCAAGAACUCUGAGUCGGGAUACAUUCUCUUCUACCAGUCCAGGGAGUGACUGGAGCCUGAUCAUCAUCAGAGGAAGAGACCGAAUAGGAAGAAAACUUUUUUUUAAACCUUCAGCCUAACAGACCCCAGACUCCUGCCAUCUCCAUCCCAACUUGCUCUCCUCCUCCAUGUCAGACCUCUCUGACGUAUGUGCCAAUCCUCUGCCAGUCCCAUUAUGUCAGCCUCUGGGUUUUACCUGUGCUUCAUCUCUCUCUCUUUCUCUGUAAUUUGCUUCUUGUCUUUUAGUCACCUGCAUCUGGACUGCACUUUAAAACAAAAGCAAAAAUGCUCAACAGCAUGACAGAAACAUAAAGGAGUCUACAUCCACACUGAGCCACACAUGCUUGGGGUAGACUGGUGGGAGAAGCCUGCCGAGGCGAUUCUCUGCUGGGAGCAUGAUGAGGUGAAGGGUCUGGUGCACAUACAGACAACUGUCAGAAAUUGUACUAUAUCAGUUAUAUGUAUAUACAGUCUUCUCCCCCCUCAUAAUUCCUUUCAUUAGGGCUGUUUUCCCAGUCACUGUCUUAGUCCUUUUGAUGUUUUCAUAUCCCUGGUGGAUGCAUGAGAAGUAAAUGAAGUUUGAGACAAACACUAUAAUAAGCAUAGAGACAUUUUGAAGCAAUAUCUGAGCAUUAAUUAUAGAACUCCCAAGUUUAAAACUACCUAAUCUGAGUAACUUGUUGACAGUGCACAGGUUGUUUUGCCCAUAGAGAAUCGCUUUGUGUCUGUCAGUGUGACAUCUAAUGUUAGUCUAACCAGAUAUGAUCCAACACUUAAUCCUUUUGAGCCAUGUGCUCUAACACUACACAUGAAAGGAAACCCUGCAGUUUUCCAUUCAAAUCAGCUGAAUCUUUAUAAUUUUAUAUUCUGAUAGAAAGCCCCUAUUUAUUGAACUUAACAUAUUUAUUACUGUACUUUGUAAUACUGACUGAUAGAUGAUGAAAUUGCUUGUAUAACAUGGCUCUUUUGACAGCUUUGUAUGUCAAGACUGAUGUCAAAGUGCUCAGUGUGAAGGACACGGUGUAUGUAAUACACAACUUCAUAGGACAGCUAAAGAAAAAUUUGGUUUUACCAGGUUAAUUUUGUAGUUUGCAUGUUAGAUAAAAAUGUAAGACAGAUUAACAUGAUGCAAGUGAGACACAACCCUCAACUGCCUAAUCUUUUGAUUGACAUGGAAAAGUGAAAUAGUGCAAUAAGAGGUGAAGUUAUCCAAUGUGCAAUUUUCCCAGUGAGACUAAUAUACCAGAUGUUUAAAUGUUAAUAGUAGAUGUGUUUGUUUUUGACUGAUCUUUUCCCAGUGCUGUGUGUUUGAAUGCUCGUGAUAUCAAAGUAAAUGCCCCCCACCCCCAUUCACCACGUGCAAUGCACACUACCUGCUGGUAUGUUAGCUACAAUGUUUCAUCCUUCUUUUUUAUAACCUCACAUCAUUGUCUUAUUCUUCUUCAUUCUUAUGUUUAACUACAGCGUAGUAGUUUCCUCUUUGUCUCUGACUUUGAUUACGUAAAUUGUGCGUGUCAUACGUAGCACAUUGGAAUCCUAAACCCCAUAGAGGUGAAAUAUCAAGCUGCGUUGUUAAUUAAUACAAUAUCCCUGUACUGUAGAUGUUUUCUCCAGGGUUUGUUGCCAUGCUCUGUAGAAUAGUGUGACAUCAAAGAUCCUGUUUUCAUGUGAAGGACAUUCCUAUUUGUUGCACAUCAGAGGACAUUACCAUUUCAAAUGCAUCUAAGUGAGAGGUAGGAAUAGGAUUAAUUUGUUAGCUUAGUGUCAGUAUCUGUACAAGAGAUGCAGAUUGUAAAGUGUAAACAGUGAACCUCUGAGCGCUUGUUUCUGCUGUCUUCUCCAUUUAGUCUGUUACCGAGUGAAGUCAUGAGGAAUACGUGCCAAACUGGAGUCGAUACUGACCUUACAAA